AUUUCAAUUGCUCGUUAGGUGAGGUUAUUGCAUUCCCGACUUUAACGGCAACUACAAAAAAAAGUUGGACCCAGCGGCAAUGCAAAUAAAAACACUUAUUUUUUCGUUGCUGUUUUCAAAUAAAAUAUUAAAAUAAAAUAGAAAAUAUAUACAACGCCUUCAUCUUGUAGCAUAUUUUACAAGUGUAAAGCAAGAGACUGCUAACUAUAACAGAAGCACAACAACAGUAACAUAGUAAAAUUAACGAAAAGGCGUGCAAAGCGUACACAACAUAGCAUAAAGUAACGGUUCCAAGCCGAAUAGAACAGCGUGAGAAAAAAAAUGUGCUUUGCACGCGACAAAAACUGAAUACGAGUGCAAAACUGAAAUUAAAUUUAAACAAAUUUAUGUGAGUGACGCGUGCGACAACCGAAAAAAAAGAACUGCGAUUUUCGGAGCACAUCACAGGAUUUUCAUCAUCGACGGCGAAUAAUGAAUCGAUGACUAUUUACAUCAGCUGAUACGGCCGCCUCAACUGCCUAAUGUCUUCGUAGUGAAGUGUCGAGUGGUGCCAAAUUCUCGGUAGCAGCAACAACAACAAUAGCAACAACAGCAACAGCAGCAACCCGACUUGCGCUAAGCAAAGUAAUUUGGCCAGCAAACAUGUUUGUCUGAGGCAGAGGCCAGCCAACAUUUUUGGGCAGCCGCAUCAUCAGAUCGAACCUUUGCUCAAAUUACGGAAAAAAGGACUCACUGCGCAGCACGAACCAUUGAGCGUAUGCCCGGAGAGAGGCCGAAAGUGAGAGAGAGAGAGAGAGGCUGAGAGCCAGUGAGUGAGAUUCAGUUGGUGUGUGUGGAGCUGUGUGUUGUGCUGUGUUGUGUUGGCCAGCAUAAGACCAAAGGCAAAGAGGGGGCGAGCAUACGGAAGUGGCGACAUCUGUUUUGCCGCUUUGUCAGCUUAUCCGGCAGCCGAUGCCAUAGCCGACGAAAGGCGACCACAACGACGACGACGGCAAGGAGCGCGCACACGACAGAGGACUAACGGCAACGUGAAAUACAAGUGUGGAAAUUGGAAUUUUUAUUCAAAACAAUGCCCCUGCUGCAACAGUACGAGACGCCUGAUUGCAACGCUGCCGGCGGCAAUAUGCGUGCCUUGAGCGGCGCCACUGCCAGCGAUUUACUGCAGAAGCAUUCGAUUAGCUCGAUACUGGAACAGCAUCAACAUCAGCAGCAGGAUCUGCUGGGCAGACGUAGCGAUGCCAGUGAUGGACUUAUAUCAUUCAUAAAUGAUCCAAUCACACUGAACGAUCUGCUUGACUUCUGUGGCGGCAGCGGACCGGCAACCGCAGUCCAGGCAACAACAACAGCAGCACCAGCCCCAACAAAAGUAGUAACAACGGCAGCAGGCAGCAUUGCAAGCGGCGCCGGAGGUAACGGCAGCAGCAGCAGCAGCAGCGGCGUUAAUAACUUGCUACUUGGCAAUUCGGCGACUGUUGCAACUGCCGCUGUCGCUGCCCCUGACGAUUGCGGUCAAUUGACGGCGACUGCAGUUACCUAUGCACCAUUGACACCGAGCUCAACCCAGUCCUCGGCCUCGCCAGGCACCAAGUCAAGUUUUGAUUACUUUCAGUUUGAAAAUGUUGCACAAAGUAACCCACUUAAGGCUUUCCAAAGAUCAAACAUCAGCUUCGAUUGCUCUGCACCUUUAUCGCCAAGUACGCCUUCAUCUAUUUACAAUCGCUCCUUUCACAGUUCACCUUUAGUCAGUGAUAGCAGCAAUUCCUCCAGCGCCAAUGGCCUGUCGCUAGAUUCGAUUAAUAUGCUAUAUCAGCAGCAGAACUACAGCAACUUGGGCAGCAGUAACAGCGGCAAUCUCGGACUGAAUUUGCAGAACGCAUCCACACGCUCCAAUUCACCAGAGAGCCAGAACAGCAAUCAGUCCUUCAACGAGCCUAAUCUAUUGGACAUGAUUAAUUUGCUCUCUGUGAACAGCAAUAAGCUGGCUUCCUUGCAGCAACAACAGCAGCGACAACAAUUUCAACAGCAGCAGCAACAGUUGCAGCAUCAACAACAACAACAGCAGAAGCAGCUGCAGGAAAAGCAGCUACAACAGCAGCAACAACAACAACACCAUCAGCAACAGCAGUUGCAACAACAACAGCAGCAGCAGCAAACUCACCACCAGCAGCAACAACAGCAGCAGCAAUUUACCAACAUAAAUCGAAACUAUGAGCCGCAGCUGUUAAGUGGAUCGCAGCAAAAUUUUGAUAUGAGCAGCAACGAUUGUCUAAAUCAAUGUAGUCUAGAGAAUUUUUCACUUGUGGACAUGGAACUGGUCAAGCUGCAGAACUUGCAGCGUCUCAAUACGCUCAAGUUGCUGCAGUCACAGACGCAGCAAAUGCCGUUACUUAAUCAAUUGCUGCAAAGCUUUACAACCAAUUUGCCCACUGCCGGUAGCACCAGCAACAUUAACAACACUUCAACGGCCGGUUUGGGCACUCUUGGUGUCGGUACGGGUAACACGGUGGGCGUGGCAGCCAGCUCUAGUAACAGUGCCAAUGAUUGGCAUUUGGACCGUGUCGCCAAGUUCUACAAGAAUUCGGCAGCAAUAAGUGAAGCAACAUGUACUUGGAGUGGCCAAUUGCCACCACGCUCGCAUCGUAUGUUGAACUAUUCCCCUAAGGUUUUUCUGGGUGGUAUUCCGUGGGAUAUUAGCGAACAAUCAUUAAUACAGAUCUUUAAACCAUUUGGAUCCAUUAAAGUGGAAUGGCCCGGAAAGGAGCAGCAAGCGGCACAGCCUAAAGGCUAUGUCUACAUCAUAUUCGAAUCGGAUAAGCAGGUUAAAGCGUUGCUCUCUGCUUGCGUAUUGCAAGUUGAUGACUCGCAUAGCGGUAGCAACUACUUCUUCAAGAUCUCCUCUCGUCGCAUCAAGUCAAAGGAUGUUGAAGUAAUACCGUGGAUUAUAGCUGAUUCGAAUUAUGUACGCUCCAGUUCGCAAAAGCUGGAUCCCACAAAAACAGUUUUUGUGGGCGGCUUGCAUGGCAAGCUAACAGCUGAAGGCUUGGCCACAAUUAUGGAAGAUCUAUUUGAUGGCGUGCUCUAUGCUGGCAUUGACACGGACAAGUACAAAUACCCGAUUGGCUCCGGGCGUGUUACCUUUAGCAACUUUCGCUCCUACAUGAAGGCCGUUUCGGCCGCCUUCAUUGAAAUACGGACCACUAAAUUUACAAAAAAAGUUCAAGUCGAUCCGUAUCUGGAAGAUGCUUUAUGUUCCAUUUGCGGCGUCCAGCAUGGACCUUACUAUUGUCGCGAAUUGUCUUGCUUUCGUUACUUUUGCCGCAGCUGUUGGCAAUGGCAGCACAGCUGUGAAAUUAUUAAAAAUCACAAGCCCUUGACACGUAGCUCAAAGUCGCAAACAUUGGUUGGCAUUGGACCGUCAGCGUCUUCCUCGACGAUUUCGUUGGCGUCCUCGAGCAACCGCUUGAACAUGGAUCAGAAACUGCAGCAGCACAGUCAUAAUCAUCAAAAUCACCAGCAGCAGCAGACGCAACUGCAACAGCAACAGCAGCAGCAGCAUCAAAAACGUAUACAGCAACAUGUUCAGCAACAUGCCAAUCAGCCAAGCAACUUGAACCUCUUGUCAAAUGUGGGCGCCACGAACGCUGCGGCCAACUCAUUGUACAAAUAUCAACAGCAACAGUCGACGAUUUAAGCGCGUUUCAACUCCAUAUUUUGUGCGCAGGUUUGGCGCUCCGUUUUAACAUAAUUCCAUAUUUAUGUUCAACUUGGGAUGUUUAUUUUUUUUUUUUUGAAUUUUAAGCGAUGCCAAAUUUUCGCACUUUUAGAAGAAGCUUACAUUUUUCGAAUGGCCAGAUUUGGACGGAAAUUAUUUGUGUUGCACAGCCAAACGCAAUAAAAGUUGUAAAAUUACAUAAAUGUAUUCAAUGUAUGUAUUUGCUUAAACUUUGCGAUAUUAAGUA